AUGUCGCUGUUCAAAUUAUUUGGAAAAAAGCAUGAUUCUGAUCGGCAGCAUGAUGUGAAGCUCUCCCAUAGUGCGGAGGGAUCGACCACAGUAAAAGACCUAGCAAAGUCGAAGAUUGCACCCAGUGGUGAAUACUUUGAAAAUUUGGACGAUAACAGCCGAAAGUCAACAGGUCAGUACGAAAAUAAAGGCACAAGAUUUCAAAAAAUCCAGCCAGUAGACGAUGAAGACACCGAUGAUGAUGAGGUGCAGGAAGAUAAAGUUUCAGGGCUUAUCAUCUUGCUUACACUUACUGCCUCCAUUUCCGGUUUCAUGUUUGGCUAUGAUACCGGUUAUAUUUCGUCGGCAUUAGUCUCGAUUGGUGGAGAUUUGGGCAAGACAUUGUCAUACGGAGAGGAGGAAUACAUUACUGCUGCCACUUCCUUGGGUGCAUUGAUUGCAUCAAUUUUGUCUGGCGUGCUUGGGGAUUAUUUCGGAAGAAGACCGAUUUUAAUGCUCUCAAACAUUCUUUUCGUCAUUGGGGCUAUUGUUCAAUGCGCUGCACAUUCAGUUUGGAUGAUGAUUUCAGGAAGACUUGUCAUGGGAUUCGGUGUCGGAAUUGGAUCUUUACUGGCUCCAGUUUUCAUUUCGGAGCUUGCCCCAAGAAAGUACAGAGGCCGUUUGGUGAUAAUAAACUGUUUUGGUACUACAGGAGGCCAAUUAGUUGCCUAUGCUAUAGGUGCUGGACUUUCCAGAAUUAAAAAUGGCUGGAGAGCCGCCGUUGGAAUAUCUAUGUUUCCACCCCUUCUUCAGUUUCUGGCAUUUCUCUUUUUCCUUCCAGACACACCAAGAUUCUUAGUUAUGAAGGGCAGAAUUUCACAGGCGCACGGAAUACUUAUGAAAAUAUAUCCGGAUGCUACAGAGGAACAAGUCAAUUCAUCCAUAAAAGAACUCCAAGAAUUGAAUAGAGCAUUACCUGGAGGUAAUGUCUUGCAGAGACUAUGGUACGGUGCUAAGUUGCUCCAUACAUCGGGACCAGCCUUUAGAGCUCUAUUCAUCACAUGCGGAAUGCAAGCCCUUCAGCAAUUCACGGGUUUCAAUUCAUUGAUGUACUUCUCCGCCACGAUUUUCAAAGCAGUCGGAUUCAAGGACUCCACUGCGGUUUCCAUAAUAGUUGCUGCAACCAACUUCAUAUUUACUGUGGUUGCAUUUUUUAUCAUUGAUAAGGUUGGUAGAAGACGUUUGAUGCUAGCCAGUUUGUACGGUAUGCUAGCAUUUCUGGUGUUGAAUUCAGUGGCAUUUCAUUUUCUUGACAUUACAUUUCAUGGUAGCGAUGCAAUCGUGAACUCAUCUGAUAGUCAUACUUGGGGUAUUGUGAUUAUUAUAGCCAUGAUUGGUUAUGUUGCAUCCUAUGCCGUCGGAUGUGGUAAUGUUCCAUGGCAACAAGGUGAGAUGUUUCCACAAGCAGUUCGUGCAUUGGGUUCAUCCUAUGCUACUGCAACUAACUGGACAGGAUCUUUAGUCAUUUCAGCCACAUUUUUAACAAUGCUUCAGAACAUUUCGCCUACUGGUACUUUUGCUUUGUUUGCUGGUUUAACACUGCUAUCCAUUAUAUUCAUUCUACUUUUCUUCCCAGAACUAUCUGGUAUGAGCUUAGAAGAGUCCCAAAAGGUUUUAACCGGUGGUUUCCAUAUAAGGGAAUCCAUGAAGAUCGCCAAAAUGAGAAAGAAGUAUGGUAAUAAAGUUCCACUAAGCGUCAUGGAAAAGCCCGAGAGCGGAGUCGAAGACAUGGCUUGA